AGGGCGAGUGUGGGGAGAGGGUGGACGGUCGCCCUCUCCGGCCGCAGAAGACUGAACAGACAUCCCAGGCGUACUCGCCGCCAUGGGCUCCCUGGCGGCCGCCCUCUGGGCAAUGCUCCAUCCCCAGACGCUCCUACUGGGUGCUGUCGCCUUUCUGCUCUUUGCUGACUUCCUCAAAAGAAGGCGCCCAAAGAACUACCCCCCGGGGCCUUGGCGCCUGCCCUUCGCUGGCAGCUUCUUCCACCUGGGCUUUGAGCAGACACACCUGACACUUCAGCGGUUUGUGAAGAAAUAUGGGAACCUUCUUAGCCUGGAGUUUGGGGACAUACCUACAGUUGUUAUUACUGGACUGCCCUUGAUCAAAGAAGCCCUCAUCCACAUGGACCAACACUUUGUGAACCGCCCUAUUUCCCCUAUCCGAGAACGUAUCAUUAAGGGAAAUGGAUUGAUCAUGUCCAAUGGCCAGGUGUGGAAGGAGCAAAGAAGGUUCGCCCUGACAGCACUAAGGAACUUUGGUCUGGGAAAGAAGAGCUUAGAGGAACGCAUUCAGGAGGAGGCCCGCCACCUCAUUGAGGCAAUCAAGGAGGAGAAUGGACAGCCUUUUGACCCUCACUUCAAAAUCAACAAUGCAGUUUCCAAUAUCAUUUGCUCCAUCACCUUUGGGAAGAGAUUUGAGUACCAGGAUGGUCAGUUUCAGGAGCUACUGAGGUUACUGGAUGAGGCCACUUAUAUAGAGGCUUCAAUGGCAUGUCAGCUCUACAGUAUCUUUCCACGGAUAAUGAAAUUCAUUCCUGGAUCCCACCAAACUGUCUUCAGAAAUUGGGAAAAACUGAAAUUGUUUGUUUCUCGUAUAAUUGAAAAACACAAGAGACAUUGGAAUCCUGAUGAAACAAGGGACUUUAUUGACGCUUAUCUUAAGGAAAUGGCCAAGAAUGCAGGCAAGGCUACUUCAAGUUUCCAUGAAGAGAACCUCAUCUGGAGCACUCUGGACCUCUUCUUUGCCGGAACCGAGACAACUUCUACAACCCUGCGCUGGGGUCUGCUUUACCUGGCCCUCUACCCAGAAAUCCAAGAAAAAGUACACGCUGAGAUUGACAGAGUGAUUGGCCAGGGGCAGCAGCCCAGCCUGGCCGCCCGGGAGUCCAUGCCCUACACCAAUGCCGUCAUCCAUGAGGUGCAGAGGAUGGGCAACAUCAUCCCCCUGAACGUGCCCCGGGAAGUGACAGUCGAUACCACCUUGGCUGGCUACCACCUCCCCAAGGGGACUAUGAUCCUGACCAAUUUGACUGCACUGCACAGGGACCCCACAGAAUGGGCCACCCCGGACACGUUCAAUCCCGAGCAUUUUCUGGAAAAUGGACAGUUUAAGAAAAGGGAAGCCUUUCUGCCUUUCUCAAUAGGAAAGCGGGCAUGCCUUGGAGAACAGUUGGCCAGGUCUGAGCUGUUUAUUUUCUUCACUUACCUUAUGCAAAAACUUACCUUCAAGCCCCCAAACAAUGAGAAGCUGAGCCUGAAGUUCAGAAUGGGCAUCACCAUCUCCCCAGUCAAACACCGCCUCUGCGCUGUUCCUCGAGCAUGAUGUUGAGGGAAAGGGAAGGAAGCAAGAAGAAAUGUCAUGUGUUCUGAAGACACUGGUGACUGCCCAGAUGUGAGGGGACAAAAUUAAACUGACCCUGAGGAAAGAUCAGAGGAAUAGGACUCAGAGGAAACUAUAUCCAAAUCUGAGCUCCGCUGUCUCCUCCAAAUUAGCCUUGGGAAAAUCAUUUAUGUGCCAAACAAUUUAGCUUUUCAUCUGGGUGAUGAAAAGAGGACAAUGAUUCCUUCCUUAAAGAAAGUUCUUGUUAAGAAUCAAAGGAAAUAGUGGCCUUUAAGUGAUUUGUAAGCCAUAAAGAACAUCAUAAGAGUUAUAGCUGUAAUGUGCCUUCAUCCUGCACCCUUUGUUAGAUGUGUAUUUGCUUCUGGCCUGUUGAGAGAGCUUAGGUCAAAGUGGUGCAAAAUAGUCUUUAAAAGUCGGCCCUGGGACAGCCACAGAGGUGAGCCCCAAAGCCUGUCUCAUUUGCUCCUACUGUGCUUGCUUUAUUUUCUUCAUGCCUCAGACUGGUUCUCUGAGAAGUUAGCAGGGCAGGUAUUAUUCCCUAUUGACAGAGAAAUCAAGUGUUGUUAAAACAGUUUCUAUGGAUGACAUAAGAAACAGUACCUUGGCGUAGAGUGUGUCCCUAAUUAACCAACAUAGGAAGUAGGUUUGGGGGACAAAUAUGGAAAUAUUUUCUGUCCUUAAGAGUAUCUCUUUGCCUUAAAUCUUCCAUCAGGUAUCGAUUCUCAGGCUUUUUCACAUUGAACUAUGUAGUAGGUGGGAUGUUUUCUUGCAACUAGAUUGUGAGAUUUUGAUGGACCCUGGGAGAAUAUUUUAUAGCAGGGGAUCAGAAAUGUCACAUACCUGCUCAACCAGGUUUGGCUGCUGAGAGGAGACAAUGCUUAUAAAAGAGAAGGCCAGGUAACACUGAUACUCCAUGGAGCAUUGACCACAAUGCCAAUGCAGAAACACAAACAAAACCCCUGGAAAACUAGGCUAACCCUUGUAAAAAAAUCUCUGUUUUCCCUAAUGUGGUGUCUUAGUUUGUUUUCCUUUGCUACAACAGAACACCUGAGACUGGAUAAUUUAUACAGAAAAGUUCAUUUGCUUAUGGUUCUGGAGGCUGGAAAGUCCAAGGGCAUGGUGGCAGCUUCUGGCAAGGGGUUUUGUACUGUGUUAUAACAAGGUAGAAAAGCAGACAGGCAAGCAAACACCUACCAAAUAGAGAAAGCAUGAGGUGCUGGGCUUACUUUAUAGCAGCCCACUCUCUGGAUAACUAAUACACCUCCUUGGUAAGGACAUCAAUCCAUUUUUGAGGGCCCCACCCUUCUGACUCAGUCACCUUUCAUUACGCUCCACCUCCCAUAACUGCAGCACUGGGGACUAAGAUUCAAAAGAGGCUUUGAGGGGACAAACACCCAAACCAUAGCAAGGUAAUUCGACCUGAGUAAGUAGCCUAAAACACAACAUGCCACAAGCCAUGGGGCAUAUCCUUCCUGUCUCUUGGGAUUCAGAGAAAAGCCAAUGCAGUUGGCACUGUGAGAAUGGGAAACAAAAAAGGAUUGGGGGGAAGGCUUGGCUGGAGCCAGCCUAAGAUGGCUGGGAGAGGCAAGAAAAAUGUGUCUGGAAGAAUGGUUGGGUUUUUAAUGUGUGGGAGGAGGCUUUUGUCCUUUUGCCUGGUAAAAGAAAGAAUGGAAGUGAGAGCCCCAUGCAUGUGCACUUCUUCUGUAACUCACUGUAAAGUUGUAUCUCUAGAAAACAGGCCACGUGAUAGUCUGAGAAUAAAACCAAUUAAAUCAGGCCUUGAACUUGAACUUCCCAAA